AUGGAUGCCAAGGUCGUCGCCGUGCUGGCCCUCGUGCUGGCUGCGCUCUGUCUCAGUGACGGAAAACCUGUCAGCUUGAGCUACAGAUGUCCCUGCCGAUUCUUCGAGUGCCACGUGGCCAGAGCCAAUGUCAGACAUCUCAAAAUCCUCAGCACUCCCAACUGCGCCCUUCAGAUUGUGGCAAAGCUGAAGAGCAACAACAGACAAGUGUGCAUCGAUCCCAAACUGAAGUGGAUUGAGGAAUACCUGGAUAAAGCUUUAAAGAAACUACUUAAGUAG